UGACAUUCUUGACAUCAUCUUACGUAACAGAUUAUCUGCCAAUUUAAUAUCGAGAGUUAAAUUUAAAGCAGAGAAAACAACUCUGCAGUUUUAGCUUGAGUAAGAGACAGUGUGUGACUUCCCUCUCAUCGGCCCUGAGUUUUUAGAAGUAGGUAAGAAACCAAAAUGGCCGAAGGUCGUGGUGAUCCCCCGGCCAUUUUCACCCCUCAAGAGGAGGAAUACAUUCGCGAAUAUGAGGAAAAUGGGGACAUUGAUCAACAGCUCCUGAGGGACAAAGACGUUGCCUCUCAGAAACUAUGGAUGUCCUUCCAAGACUCAGCCACUGCUGUGGCUCAUCUUUUCAGAGAUUGUCAGUACCAAGCUGGAGUAAAAGCUUGGGUGCCUUUCCAUGAGAGUGCUAGUGCUGUAACUCAUCUAUAUAAAGACUCCGUGGAUGUGUGUCGGCAAUGCUGUGAUUCAGGAAUAAAGUAUGGACAACGAAAAAGAACUAAAGAAAUUGUAUCGUGGGUUAAAAGAAAACGCAAACAUAUCAAGAGAGAAGAACUGCUAGCCUUUCUCCUGGAUAAGCCGUAUUCAGAGUCCUCUAAACACGAAGAUUUUGAGCCAUCUGUUGGGCACCAAUUAAGUGGGUUGUCACUGGGUCACAUGUGUCCAUCUGGAAUAAACCAUUACCAAUCCCCGUCGUAUCCGUCCCCGAGUGUGUCUCCAAGGAGAAGACUGUGCAGAGAAGACAGUGACGGAGAGACUGUGGUCAAUUCUAGCGGACGGAAACGAUCAGCAAACAGCAGUAGUCUCGAUGUGGAGUCUGGGUUUAGCCCAAUUGCUAAACGUAUAAGACUGUGAUUGUGUUAUUUAUUGUUACUAUAGCUAUUAUGGCAUCACAUGAAUUUUGUUGUUCAGUCA